CGAAUCAGUUGUUACAAGCAUGCUAUCGAGAACGUUUUUAAUAUGUUACAUAUCUCUGAUUGUUCGGAACGAUGCUGUACCGACGAGAAUCCAGCGUACCACGAUGACCAAUACGAGAUUCACCGAUCUGGACGGUUCGUCGACUGGGUACGCGUACAAUCAGCAACAGGGAGUUCCGGUUUACUACGUGCAGUACACCAAUCAAGGAAGUGGACGGUACUACCAUACACCGGACACCGUGCACUACGUUCUCGAGUCCGCUGCACCUGUUGAAUCAGCCAUUCCUGAAACGACGCUGCAUCAGCAACCCUACGCGACCGUCCACGAUGUUCCGCGCUCUAUCCACCAGAAGCACGAAGAAGCUGCCAAUUACGGCAACCAGCAAUCGCUGAAACACGCGGCCUCGCAACCACGUGCACCGUAUUACGUUUCUGAGAAGGUUACACACGAAAAAGAGGAAAAGAAAGAUACUUACGACGAGGACGUUAAAGAGGAUCACGACGACGAGAAGAAGGAGCUAGAUGACAGCGAGGAGGAUGAUGAUGAAGACGUUCAUGGUGAUUCUAACGGUGGUGUGAUAAAGUUCAAUUAUAGUGGUCGUGGCUUUGUCGAUGGAACUUCUUUUGAACCUACAGAUGCCGAGGGAGAAGCUAAAGAACACUCUGAGCAUGGAAAAAAGCACAAAGAGGAGGAACACGCCGAGCAUGGAGAGAAGGGAGAGUCUGGGUAUAAGAAAAGUGAGAAGCAUAGCAAAGGUGAACAAGGUAUAGAUGAUGAAGAACACCAGAAAGGAUAUUACGAUAUCAAAGGUGGACAAAAAAAGGAACAUCUAGAUAAAGCUGAAGAACACGGUUCUCACGAGGAAGCAGAGAAAAGUAAGAAGAGCAACGAUUAUGGACAGUCGUCGUCGCAUAAAAAAGGUCACCAGACAAGUGGCUACCACAACGUGUACCACAAAGACGAGUACAAGAAUGAGACUGAUUUCUACGACGAGGAUCAUAAAGAAGGACAUUUCGAUAAGCACGAGGAGUUCGACAAGGGUUACAAGACAGCCGAGGGUGGUUUUAAGAAAGGUGGACACCAUUCCUCAGAACAGGAUCACGAGGAUCGUGGAAAGAAAGGGUGGUACCAGAAGGGACAUCGCGAUAAUCAGAAUCAGGGUCAUCAAGCUGAAGAAGGCGAGAAAUCGUUCUUUGAUGAUCACGAGCAUCAUGAUUCUGAAGAAGAUUCUAAAUUCGCCAAAACACACAAGUCGCAUAAAGACUCUGAGCAUUGA